CAAAACCAAAGAAGCACUUGUUUGAAGAUCACAUCUACACAUGGCUUACACAAAAAUAUUACUGUGCUUAGUUUUAGUUGUCGUUUUCACGGCCUCCAUGUCCGAGGCGAGAAAACGCAACGCAACCCAUAUCCAAUUCUACAUGCACGACACCCCGGGUGGAUCCAACCCGUCGGCUGUUCGCGUUGCUGGUCAACCCAUGAACUCCACGUCUGACAUGGGAGCCAUGUUCGGGUUCGGAUGGAUUUAUGUUAUGGAUAACUCCCUCACUGCCACUCCUGAACCCAACUCGACCCUUAUCGGACGAGCCCAGGGGCUCUACGCGAUGUCAUCCCAGGAAAACGAGUUCAGCCUCCUCAUGACCCUUACGUACAACUUUGUUUCGGGAAUCUACAACGGCAGCUCGCUUAGCAUCGUGGGCCGGAACCCUGUCAUGAGUGAAGUUCGAGAGAUGCCCGUUGUGGGAGGUACGGGAGUUUUUAGGAUGGCUCGUGGUUUUGCUCUCGCAAAGACACACUCGAUGGAUCAAAUCAACGCAGUUAUCGGAUACAAUGUCACUGUAAUACCUUACUAUUAGAAACACGUUUAUAGUUGAUUUCCACAUUGAUCAUUAUGUUUCAACAUAUGAUUUUGUUAAAUUUUAUUUA